AUGUCGGCAGCACAGCUUCUCAAUCCCAAGGCUGAGUCGAGGAGGCGCGGGGAAGCUCUUCGAGUGAACAUAUCAGCGGGUGAAGGCCUGCAGCAGGUCCUCGCUUCAAAUUUGGGUCCUCGAGGUACUCUGAAGAUGCUUGUGGAUGGCGCAGGAGGAAUCAAACUCACAAAAGAUGGAAGCGUUCUGCUCAAGGAGAUGCAAAUCCAGAAUCCCACUGCCGUUAUGAUAGCACGCGCGGCUACAGCACAGGACGAUAUAACAGGCGAUGGCACGACCUCGGUCGUCCUACUUGUCGGAGAGCUGUUGAAGCAGGCUGAUCGGUACAUUGCUGAGGGACUCCACCCUCGUGUGAUUGCAGAUGGCUACGAGAUUGCUAAGACAGAGGCACUUAAGUUUCUCGAUGGCUUCAAGCUCCAAAAGGAGGUCGAUCGAGAACUUCUCUUGUCUGUUGCACGUACAUCGCUAUCAACGAAGCUCGACAGCUCGCUCGCCGAACAACUGACUCCCGAUAUCGUAGAUGCGGUCCUUUCGAUUUAUCAGCCACCCGCGAAGCCAGAUCUGCACAUGGUUGAGAUUAUGACAAUGCAACACCGCACUGCUGCGGAUACACAGCUCAUCCGAGGUUUGGCUUUGGACCACGGCGCGAGGCAUCCGGAUAUGGCGAAAAGGGUGGAAAACGCAUACAUUCUGACCUUGAACGUCAGCUUGGAGUAUGAGAAGUCGGAAAUUAACUCUGGUUUUUACUACUCGAGUGCGGAACAAAGGGAGAAGCUUGUCGAGAGCGAGCGACGAUUUGUUGACGAAAAGCUGAGAAAGAUCGUAGAGCUGAAGAAGGAGGUUUGUGGAGAUGAUCCUAAGAAGGGAUUCGUCAUCAUUAACCAGAAGGGCAUCGACCCCCUGAGUCUGGAUGUGCUAGUCAAGAAUGGCAUUUUCGCGCUGCGAAGAGCAAAGAGAAGGAACAUGGAACGCCUGCAACUUAUCUGCGGUGGAACCUCGCAGAACAGCGUCGACGACAUGACACCGGAGGUUCUUGGCUGGGCUGGCCUUGUUUAUGAGCACCAGCUUGGCGAGGAAAAGUACACCUUCAUUGAAGAUGUCAAGGACCCCAAGUCCGUCACAUUGCUCAUCAAGGGUCCAAACUCACACACCAUUUCCCAGAUAAAGGAUGCGGUUCGCGACGGCUUGCGGAGUGUAUACAACAUGAUCGUUGACGGAAGCGUCGUGCCUGGCGGUGGUGCCUUUCAAGUUGCUUGCGCCGCCCACCUCAACAGUGAGCAGUUCCGCAAGACAGUGAAGGGCAAGGCCAAAUGGGGCGUGUCAGCGUUCUCAGACGCCUUGCUCGUCAUCCCUAAGACACUGGCCGCCAACUCUGGACAUGACAUUCAAGACUCGCUCGCUGCUUUACAGGACGAACAUGCUGAGGGCAAUGUUGUCGGGCUCAACCUUUCGACAGGAGAAGCAAUGGACCCUACACAGGAAGGUGUCUACGAUUCAUUCCGCGUGCUGCGCAAUUGCAUAGCAUCUGCCACAGGCAUUGCUUCCAAUUUAUUGCUGUGCGACGAAAUGUUAAAGGCGCGGCAAAUGGUGGUGAAGAAGGACAAUGAUGAGGUCAACAGCAAGAUUGAUCUGCAUGGCAUCACAGAAGUAUCGCAGCAAAUCCAGAGCGCCUCACGUCAGCAUAAUCGCAGCCUGCCAGACCGCGUCGUGGCCUGA